AUGUGAAGAAGUGGCUGAGAUAGAACUUGAACAACCUCUUAGAAAAUCUGUUAGAUUACAAAAAACAACUAAUGAGGCAAAUCAAACUGAGAUUGAAGAAAUACCUCAAGAUGUAGAUGCGAAUGUAAUGAACUUAGCCAAGAAGACAAGGGGAAAAACUCUAUUGGCAAAUCUUACCAAGAGGAACAAUGACUUAAGGAUAAUAAAUUGGAAUGAAAAAGGGCAACCAGUUGGUACUAACUCAGUGCAAUUUUCUUCUUUUGUGGGCGCUCUUGUGCGAGAGGUUGUUCCUUACACUAUUUCAGAUUGGAGGAAAGUUUCACCAAUUAUGAGAGAUGUUCUUUGGGCAUCUAUUCAGGCACAAUAUGACUUACAUGAUGAUUGGCAAAAAAAGAUGUGCUUUGAAAUGAUGGCAGAACUAUGGAGAGCUGGGAAAUAUAGACUUGCGGCUGGCUGGGGUGUUGAUGCAUUGGGCUGGCUGGAGUGUUGGGCUUCCAUAUGCAUUUGGGCCUUUGUGGAAUGGUUACGUUGA